CUCUUUAUUUUCUUCUCAUCCCAAAAAAAGAAACUAGCCUUUAAAAUAAAAUCAAAAUUUAAAAUAAAAUCAAAAGCUUAGAGAAAAAAAUGGGAAUGGCGGAUUACUACGAAGUACUGAAAGUAUCAUCAACUGCAAACGAAGAGGAGUUAAGAAGAGCGUAUAAGAAACUGGCGAUGAGGUGGCACCCUGACAAACACCCAAGUGGCGCAAAGGGAUUGGCGGAGGCCAAGUUCAAGCAGAUCUGUGAAGCUUAUGAUGUAUUAAGCGACGCUCAAAAGCGUCAGAUCUAUGAUCUUUACGGUGAAGAUGGUUUGAAAUACGACGUCUCUUCUCCUUCCGCCGCUUUCGCCGCCACUUGCGGAGGCGCCGGCGGUGGUGGGAAGGGUGGGUCGUUUCAAAAGUAUGGUAAUGGAAAUGGUAGGGUUGUUAAUGAUGAUAUAUUUGAUGGGUUUUUUGAUGAUAUUGGGAGUGAUAAAAGUGGGUCCCCUUUGAAAAAAGGAAAUGAUGAGAGUGUGAAUCGGAAGUAUAGUCGGAGUGCUACGGCGGCGAAGAAGGCGGAGCCCGUUGAGAAUAAGUUGGUUUGUAGUUUGGAGGAGUUGUAUAAGGGUUCUAAGAGGAAGAUGAAGAUUGCUCGUCUUGUUCCUGAUUCUUCUGGCAAGGCGACGACUGUUGAUGAGGUACUGGCAAUUGAUAUUAGGCCUGGUUGGAAGAAAGGCACAAAAAUCACUUUCCCGGAGAAAGGCAACCAAGAACCUGGCCUCUUGGCUGGUGAUCUUAUAUUUGUUAUUGACGAGAAACCUCACCAGACUUUCAAGAGGGAUGGAAACGAUCUUCUGGUCAACCUGAAAGUGUCUCUGCUGGAGGCUCUUACUGGUAAAACAGUGACUCUUACAACCUUGGACGGAAGAAAUCUUGAAAUUGAAGUCUCAGACAUUGUAAAACCAGGCCAUGAAGUCGUGAUCACAGGUGAAGGAAUGCCAAUAUCCAAGGAACCUAAAAAGAGAGGAAACUUAAGAAUCAAGUUCGAUGUUAAGUUCCCAUCGAGGCUAUCUUCAGACCAGAAAGCUGAUCUAAGGAGGGUACUCGGCAGAAGCUCAUGAUCGAAUGUUUAUAAGUAUAAAAAAAAACUGGUUUUUCUGCACAAGUAUAAUUUAAUUAACACUGACAGUAAAUGUAAAUAGGUCAAGUGUUUUGUUGGAAACUUAAAUCUUUUUUUUCGAGAGUUUCUUCAUAACUGUGCAUACUAGGAAGUUUGCAGGUUUACGGUUGUUGCCAAUAGCGACGAAUAUUUACAGCAAGUUAGUGUAGUGAGAUGCUGGGAGAGGCAAGUUUGAGCUUCAUCACCUCUUUUAUGCGAAGUUUGUAUAUCGGUACACUAGUGUUUAUUGUUUUUUUUGCUUUCUUGUGGUUAUUUUUGCCUGGAAAAUCCUUAAAAUGUAAUGCUAAGAAUGGGUUGCAUUUCUUCAAUGUCUCAGUUGGCAUUAUUGUAUCUUUUUCUGUGUCUGGUAUACCAAAUUCCGUGGUGUCGCUUUUGGUUCUU